AAUUUGGCUACUAAAUAUGAAUCGCCCUUUGAAAUUUCAACAUAUGAUUCUAGCGAUGAAGAAUUGAAUCAACCUUCGAAUAGCUUAGACGAACUUUAUCAUCCACAACUGAUAACAGCAACUCUACUUAACAACAAUUUUUGGCAAUCAAUAAC